AUGAAUAAUCUUGGGAUUCAAUAUGCAAAUAGCAAUAAAUCUUGGAUGACCAGUUUAAUUUUUAAAAACUGGGUUGAACGGUUAAAUUCCAAAAUGAGUGUGGAAAAUAGAAAGAUUUUGCUUCUUUUAUAUAAUGCGCCAGUUCACUAUUUUGAUGGCGAAUUCAGUAAUAUCGAAUUGUAUUUUCUUCCUCCAAAGACAACAUCUAAGAUUCAACCAAUUGAUCAAGGGAUUGUGCAUUCAUUUAAAUCGUUGUAUAAAAAAGGAAUGACUAGAAAUUUGAGUAUGGGAACAAAUAUAGGAACAUUGUCAUAUACAGAUGAACUUACCAAAUUCAAAUUAGUGAAUGCUCUACCUUUAAUUAUUGAGGCUUGGAACGAAGUCACAGUGGACACUAUCAAAAAUUGCUUUAACAAGGCAUUAAAUAAUUGGGCGAAGAUAGAUGAAAAAAUACUUGAAGAAUCCACUGACGAAAAGGUAUUAAAUUUAAAUCACCUUACAAUUAGAGAUAAUAAAAGUGACAAUCCCAUUGGUUAUGCAGAUGCACUUAAAUAUUUGGAAAAUAUUGAAAAAUAUUUUUUGCAAGAAUCUGGUGAACAUAUUCACCUAAUUACAAAUUGA